GGAAGGUUGAUGAGGUGGAGUUUUGGUAUAGGUUGUUCAUCCGUUUCUUUCUAUAAUCAGAACCUUGUCUUCUACGAGACGGCAGAGGCAAACCUUUGACUUUUUUAAUUAUAUAAUUUUGUCUUUCCAAUGAUUCUUUUUGAUUUCUCCGUCAAAUAUUGGUGAUAGUCUCCCAAAGACCAAUAAACCUGACAGAAAACAGAGACAAGCAAAGGAGAGGAGGAAGAAGAAGAAGAAGACGAAGCCAUGUGUUGUUGCUGCUGUGAUGAUGACUGCGAGUGCAGGCCUCUGGGGUUUCUGCUUGGCCUGCCCUUCGCCUUCCUCUCCAUUCUCUUGUCCAUCAUUGGAGUCGUAGUUUGGAUCGUCGGGUUGGUGCUGAGCUGCAUCUGUCCCUGUUGCUUCUGCGUGACUAUCUUGGUUGAGUUUGCACUGGGCCUUAUAAGAGCUCCUAUCGCCGUGAUGAAGUGGUUCACCUCCAAGAUCCCUUGUUAGAGGUCUUCAUUGGAAUGUUGAGUUCGAUAGGCACAUGCUGUUAACCCAAAUUCCAUGGAAACCGGGUGAUUCAUUGAUUUCUUGAUGUUAUCCCAGGAGCUUGGUUUUGAUAUGGAAUGAGUGAGAAUUAGUUGUUUCACUACACAUCUUUCUUUUCAUUGUCCAUAUUUUGAGUAAUAACGUUCUUUUAGGGUUA